AUGAUUGAUAUUUUUUACUUUUGGUUUCACUUCAGCUCACAACCGCAUAAUAAAAACAUAUCGUGCGACAAAAACACAGCAAAAGAAUCAGAUCGAGAUAAAGUUAGUCAAAUACUUACCGAAUUCGGUCUCGAUCCCACUGAUUAUCUCUUUCAAUCAUCACAAGAUUUAUCAUCUGAUCAUCCUCCUUUUUUAUUCAAAUCACAAACACAAACCUCAAAUUCUCAAAUACAAUCAUUAAAUACAUCAGAUCGACCACUUGCAUACGUUCAACAACCUCCUCCUCCACCACCAGUAAUUAAUCGUCAACGAUCUAAACCACAAUCACCAAACGAUAUGGCGCAACAAGGAUCUUCUUCACGACGAACACCACCACCACCUCCAUCUCUUUCAUAUCCUCCGCUUAAUACCUCUACACAUGAUUCAAAUUUAAAUGCCGAAUAUUAUUUCAAUAAGAUUAAUUCAAUUGAUAAUCCACCUGUUAAAGUAAUUAAACCAAAUGCAGAAAAUCUUGUCUAUCGAAAAGAAAUUCGUAUUCGUUAUUUACAACCUCCUACACCUCCACCACCGGCACCAAUUAUUAUUCGAGAAAAGCAACUACCUCCAAAGCCACCAGAAUCGCCACUUCUCAUACGUGAAAGAAAACCAGAACCAGUUACACCACCACCAUUAACUAUUCGUGAACGACCGCCAACUCCACCACCACCACUAGAACCUUGUAUCAUCGAUAAACCUUUACCACCACCUCCACCACCACCACGUCCAAUAAUAAUCGAACGCUUACCAACUCCACCACCUAAACCUCGUACAGUCAUAUUUGAAAAAUGGUUACCUUACAAAAAAGUCAAACGUCCUAUUUUAUUAGAAAAAGCUCCGCCAUUACCACCAAUGAAACCAACACGUAAUGUUAUUAUUGAAUAUGAACCAUUAAAAGCUUAUACAGUACGACGUGUAAUUGAAGAAGGUGUCUUUCGUGUCGAUCCAAAUCAAUAUGCAAGUUAUUAUGCACACGAAAGAGAUGGAAAUGUGCGUAUUGUUGAUCGUAUUGAUGAUUUACCACCACCUAGUGAAGAAUUAAUGCGUGUAAUAAACAAUUAUACUCAACAGAAUUCUUCCGAUUAUAAUACAAAUUUAUUAUCAAAUAUUGAUUCAUUGAUGCAUGUAUCACAUUCAUCAAAUACACCGGCUUACCGACAAGAACGAGUUCUUACACCAGGUCGUAAUUCAUCGAAUCCUAGUCCAUCUAUUCCACUCGUUCAAAAUUCACAAACGAGAUAUUCCAAUCGUUCAUCACAACAGCAUACACCUCAUGAUAGUCCAUCGUCGUUUAAAGCUGAAAAUAUUUAUUAA